AUGGCGUCCGAGGUAGCCAGGCUCGCCGUGGUCUCGGCCGCCGCGUCCGUGGCCCUGGCCUACGCUCGUCUCGCCACCUCGCGGCUGGCCCCCAGCAUCCCCCGCCUCGCGGCGCUCCUCCCGGCGCUCCUACUCCUCCCAGUCCUCCCCUUCGCCUUCUCUUCCAUCCAAUUCCGCACCAUCUCCGCCUUCUUCCUCGUCUGGCUCUGCGGCUUCAAGCUCCUCCUCCUCGCCGCGGGGCACGGGCCGCUCCACCCCGCCCUCCCGCUCGUGCGCUUCGUCGCGGCGCGGAUGCCCACGUACGCCGUGCCCGUGUUCGACGGCGCGCACGUGUACCUGAUGCUGGAGCUCUUCCUCGCGUCCGCCGCGGCGCUCGCCCGCGCGCUGCUGGGCGCGGAGCUGGAGCCGCAGUUCGACCGGCCGUACCUCGCCUCCUCCCUCCGCGACUUCUGGGGCCGGCGCUGGAACCUCAUGGUCCCCGGCGUGCUCCGGCCCUGCGUGUACCGCCCCGUGCGCGCCCGCUUCGGCGCCGCGGCGGGCGUGCUCGCGGCGUUCCUCGUGUCCAGGGCCAUGCACGAGGUCAUGUUCUACUACAUCACGCUGGAGGCCGGGACCGGGGAGGUGACCGCGUUCUUCGCGCUGCACGGUGCAUGCGUGGUGGCCGAGCGGUGGAUGGCGCGGCAGCGCGGUGUGUGGCGGCCGCCGCGGCCCGUCGCCACGGCGCUGACGCUGGCGUUCGUGACGGGGACCGGGUCGUGGCUCUUCUUCGCGCCCGUGAUCCGGAGCGGGCUGGACAAGGCAAGGCCAUCAUCGCGGAGUGCGAGGGGAUGA